AAUCUCAUUUGUGUUUUUCUCGGAGGCGAACUCUCAGCACAAAAAAAGAGACGAUGAAUUGACAGUGAGAGAAUCAAACAAUUAAUCAUCACAGAGAGAUCUAAGAAAUUUGUAGUGAGUAGUGAGUGCUGCGACGUGGUAUCCUCUUGAAUUUACGCAGCCACAAUGAAGUCCAAGAUUGACUUCUGCGAGGCCCUCAAGGAUUCCCCGACAUUCCGGUCAGUAUUAGAAGAGGAGGAAAAUGACAUCGAGCACUUGGAGCAGAAGAUUGAGCGAGUGCUGAAGAUGUGCACGUCAGCUGUGGAUUCCGGGAAGGAGUACGUGAAGAACAAUUCAGCCUUUGCCACGUCCCUGUGGGACCUUCAGAGGCACUUUAAGGACGAUCGGACGUCCCACAGUGCCCUGGAGAAGAUCAUCCAUUGCCUGCAGGAGAUGAAUAAAUUCCACACAAUCCUCCUGGAUCAGGCAAAUCGAACUGUCUUGAAGAAUCUCACGUCAUUCAUCAAAAGUGAGAUCAAGGAGGUGAAGGACUACAAGAAUCUCUUCCUGAAAGUAUCAGAGAAUCUCGAUGGGGCAUUGCAGAAGAAUGCCCAGGUGAAUAAAAAUAAACCCACUGAUGUUCAGGAGACGGAAAAUUAUCUCUCAGCCACGAAAUCUUGCUUCCAACAUACGGCCCUUGACUACGUCAACAUCCUCACGAUGCUACAGGCCAAGAAGAAACCCGAAAUACUCUCAACCCUCCUCAGCUAUGUCCAAGCAUGCAGCACGUACUACCACCAGGGCUCGGAUCUGUGUGAGGACUUUGAUCCGUAUUUCAAGGUGUUAGCUGAUGAUAUCGGGACGAUGCGAUCGGAUUAUGCCACAUUGGAGAAGACAAUGCAGAAUCGUCAUGCUUCGGUGACAAAUUUCGAUCAGGGCCAAACGGAGGGGUAUCUCUUUAAGCGAACCUCAAAGGGCUUCAAGACGUGGAAUCGUCGCUGGUUUUACAUUUCCGGCAAUCAGUUGCUCUACCGGAAGCGCAAUGGCGAGGAGAGCCCAACAGUUAUGGAGGAAGAUCUCAGCAUUUGUACCGUUCGACUUGCCGGUGAAUGUGAUCGGAGAUUCUGUUUUGAGGUGAUCUCACCCACAAAAAGCCACAUGCUGCAGGCAGAUUCAGCAGAUGCCCUCAAAGCGUGGGUUUGUGCCCUUCAGAGUGGCAUUGGGGCGGCAAUUCAGAAUAAUAACUCCAAAACACUCCUCAUGCCCUCAGGGAGUGAGCAAAAACAUCCUUCGGGUGACAUGAAAAAGGUCAAUUGGGAGUACUUCCUGACAAUCCCCGGGAAUAGUUCGUGCUGCGACUGUGGUCAUCCACAGCCAAAGUGGGCGUCAAUUAAUCUCGGUAUUACACUUUGUAUCGCCUGUUCGGGGAUCCAUCGUAGCCUGGGGGUGCACUACAGCAAGGUACGCUCCCUCACAUUGGAUGCGUGGGAACCGGAGAUUAUUAAGGUGAUGACAGAAUUGGGCAAUGGGGUGGUUAAUCGGAUUUACGAAGCAAAUGCCGAUGGGGAGGACAUUCAGAGGGCCACUGAGGAUUGCGACAUUGCCGUGCGUGAGGCGUGGAUAAAGGCAAAGUACGUGGAGAGACGCUUUGUGGCCUCGCUGACGUCCAUAACGGAUGCUCUCUGUGCCGAAAGUGCACGCAGCUUUGCGGCAACAUCAAGACGCGGGAGGGCUUUUCAGGCAGCUCGUUGGAGUGUGAAGAAGAUGCGUCGUCGGCAGAAGUCUACGCUCAAAGCAUCGCCAGAGGAGACAUCUGUUGGCUCAUCGUCUGGGCAUGAGGAGCAAAGUGAGCACGAUGAGGAGGAUUGUAGUGAGGACAAGGAUGAAGGAGAUGAGAAGCAAGCAGUCAAGGUGGACGUGGUGUUUGGGGAGAAUCUCAGUGAACCCCUCAAUCAGGAAUCCUUCUACAUUGACUCCGACGACGAAUCAAUAAAUGACGAGGAGCAACCGCAGGACAAUGAGGACAUUCAGAAACUCAAUGCAGACGUUCUCCUCUACAAGGCAGCUCUCGUUCACAAUCUACCCGUUAUGAGUCAAGCUCUCGCACUCGGUGCCACGAAGAAUUGGACAAAUGUCGAUGAUCUCGACCGGACUCCGUUGCAUCAAGCAGUCCUUUCGGGCUCCGUGAUGGCGUGCGAGUUUCUCCUGCUGAAUGGUGCUGAUAUUAAUGCCAAAGAUCGCAAAGGGUACACCCCAUUGCACCUGGCCACGGAGAAGGGGUGCACAGCUCAGGCGUACCUGUUGCUGAAGAAUAGGGCCAAAUAUGAUAUUAAAACAUUGGACGGACAGCAAGCCAUCGAUAUUGCCGUAGAGAAUGCCAACGCUGACAUUGUCACACUACUCCGCUUGACGAAGCUGAAUGAAGAGAUUGGGCUGUCGGAGCAGGGAAUUGGCGGUGAUGAAACUUACAACGAUGUCAUGAAGGAUUUCUCCAAUUUUGCGAUUAAUCAACCGCAUCGUCUACAACGCUCCAAGCCUGAUGGGCAGGAGGCGGAAUAAACUCGCGAAUGAAUCUCAUAUGUUAUUCCACUAACUGUAUUUUGUAGGAUACUUUGUGUUUUCUUUUUUUUUUUGCUAAUUAUUUACUGUUUAUAUUAUAUACAAAAUUAUUCUAUUAUAUACAAAAAGAAAAAAAUGUUGUUCCAAUUUAUGGAUUUAAAAAUAAAUAUAUAAAUGAUAAAAAAUAUUUCAAAACUGA